AUGGGUCGGAGCAGGCGCAACCAUUGGUUCUCUAUAUUACAGGAUCGCCAAGAAAAGCCCGGUUCUAGGGUUUCCGGCCGGAGUAUGCCCGACUGUUUGCGUUGGAAUGGCGGCCACUUUAGCAGCGGCGGCUAUGGCAUACUACUGAGAAAAUACGGCCUGGCCGCAGACCAAGUCAUCGAUGCUAGAAUAGUGGACGUCAACAGCAGAAUCCUAGACAUGAAAUCAAUGGGCGAGGAUCUGUUCUGGGCCAUCAGAGGCGGCGGGGGCUCCAGUUUCAGUGUGAUCACUACCUGGAAGGUACAACUUGUGGAUGUUCCGGAAACCGUCACUGUUUUCAAUGCCGGCAGGACUCUGGAGCAAAACAUUACCCAAUUAAUUAACAAAUGGCAAUCCAUCGCGCCCGAAUUCGUCGAUGAUUUGUUCGUGAGAGUCAUCCUAGUACCGGAGAAUCUUAGCUCCAACGUAGAAGGAUGGAACAAAACGAUUCGAGCUAUAUUCAACUCACUAUUCCUUGGAAAAAUCGACUUAUUGCUUCCGUUGAUGCAGAAGAGCUUCCCCGAGUUAGGGUUAAUGAGAGAAGACUACAGAGAGAUGAGCUGGAUCGAAUCCGUCGUAUUCCUCACGGGUUUCCCCAUCGAUGCACGUGAAAUGCUGCUCAACAGAACUCAAUCUGCGGUCGUUGUAGUAUAUGGUUGA